AUGUCUUCUCUCUCUCUCAUGGCCUUUGCUUGUUGCAUUCUUUCUUUUGUUCACUCUAAUGCUGACACAGUAGACUAUGGAGCUGCCUUAACCAAAUCUUUGUUGUACUAUGAAGCACAAAGAUCAGGGAAGUUACCCCCCAACCAACGAGUAAAUUGGCGAGGCGAUUCCGCGCUUAACGAUGGCAAAGAUGCCGGGGUUGAUCUUGUGGGAGGAUACUAUGAUGCUGGAGACAACGUUAAAUUUGGUUUUCCAAUGGCGUAUACUGUGACGAUGCUUGCAUGGAGUGCAGUGGAAUUUGGGUCACAACUUGAGGCCAAAAAAGAGUUAGCAAAUGCAUUGGCUGCCAUCAAAUGGGGAACUGAUUAUUUCAUCAAAGCACACCCAGAACCUAAUGUUCUUUAUGGUCAAGUUGGAGAUGGUGAUUCUGAUCAUGCGUGUUGGAUGAGGCCCGAAGAUAUGACUACGCCAAGGACCGUUUAUCGGAUUGAUGAGCAGCAUCCCGGAGCUGAUCUUGCUGGGGAAACUGCGGCUGCAUUUGCUGCUGCUGCAUUGGCGUUUAGAAGAGCAAACCCUAGAUAUUCAGCCCAACUUAUUCUCCAUGCCAAACAGUUAUUUGAUUUUGCUGUAAAACAUCCUGGCCAGUAUCAAAACAGCAUUUCCCCGGCGGGAAAAUUCUAUUCCAGCAGUGGCUAUGAGGAUGAAUUAUUGUGGGCUGCUUUAUGGUUAGAGCGUGCCACUGGAGAAAAAAGAUACCUAGAUUUCAUCAUUACUUCCACGAAUCCAGGAGGCACCAGGACAGAGUUUUCAUGGGACGACAAGUACGUCGGCGUUCAACUUCUCAUUGCAAAGGGUAUUCUCGAGGGAAGAUAUCCAGGAAAUGGAAAUUUGGGACAAUACAAAAACUAUGUCGAGGAAUUUAUUUGCAACUGCAUUCAGAAAGGCAGUAGCAAUGUAAAAGCAUCUUAUAUGGGGCUUCUUUGGUGGCAACCUUGGAAUAACCUUCAGUACGUCACGAGUGCAUCAUUUAUCACGACUACCUAUUCCACCGUCCUUGCUGCCACAAAGAAUACCCUUCGGUGCCCUUCUGGAAAGUUCGACUUCCUUCCGGAAUAUUUGAUCAGCGAAGUCCGUUUACAGGUGAACUACAUCCUCGGCUUAAACCCUUACAAAAUGAGUUACAUGGUCGGGUUUGGAACAAAGUAUCCGAAAGAGGUUCAUCAUCGAGGAGCAUCAAUUGCGUCGGUUAAGAAAGAUCCAACUCCGGUAACUUGCCAAAAUGGGUUCGACGCUUGGUUUCAUAGGAAUGCACCAAACCCUAAUGUUCUUAAUGGUGCAAUAGUUGGAGGACCAGGUCAAACAGAUGAAUAUACAGACUCAAGAGACAAUUAUCAGCAGGCCGAGGCUGCAAUUGCAACCACCGCACCUCUUGUUGGAGUUUUAGCAUAUUUUGCAUCAUCAAGGACAAAUUAA